ACUUCUACCUGAAGUUUGUGCUGAUGAUGUCGUUCAGAAGAACGAUGAAAGCUCCACGACCAAACCAUCCAGCUCAGAGAACAAAACUCUACCAAAAAAUGUGCAACUGGUGAAAAUUGGCAAGAAAUUAUGCUUGAUUGUGCAGCUGGUAAAGAAUGUGAAGGUUCUGGUGAAUCAUGUGGAAGCUCAUAUACAUAUUUAUAUUUUUCAACAUUUAAUUUUUUAUGCUCAUUUAUCAUGUUAAAUUUAUUUGUAGCUGUUAUUAUGGAUAAUUUUGAUUAUUUAACUAGAGAUUCUUCUAUAUUGGGUCCACAUCAUUUAGAUGAAUUUGUUCGUGUUUGGGCUGAAUAUGAUCCAGGUGCUACAGGUCUGAUUCAUCAUCGUGAUGUAUAUGAAAUGCUUAGAAACAUGGAACCACCAGUUGGAUUUGGUAAAAAUUGUCCAUAUCGUUUAGCUUAUCGAAAAUUAAUUCGAAUGAAUAUGCCAGUAGAUGAAAAUGGUUGUGUUAAUUUCACAACUACGCUAUUAGCUUUAAUACGUGAAUCAUUAGGCAUUAAAACGGGACCAACUGAAAUAAUGGAUCAACGUGAUAUGGAAUUAAAAGAAACUAUUUGUAAAUUAUGGCCUGUUCAUGGAAAGAAAAUGCUUAAUUUGCUUGUACCUCCAGAUUCAGAGCUUGUCUAUCACAAAAUGACUGUUGGGAAAAUAUAUGCAAGUUAUCUUAUGAUUGAAAAUUGGAGAGCAACACGAGCCUUUCAAGGUAAAGGUGGAACUUCUAAAUCUGCUAGUAUAUUGGCACGAUUCUUUGGUGCAGUAAAACAAAAUGCUCAUCAUCCAAAUGUUAAUUCUGAAACGGAAGAUGAAAGAGGAAGCCCCGAACUCAGUGAAUUCUCGGACAAAGCAACAUCUGAAAAUAAGAAUCCAAGAAAAAAUAGAAACUCAACUUCAUAUCACAAUGAUCCUAGUCGUCUUCUUACUCCACGAGGAUCAGAAUUCACAGAACAACCUAUGUAUCUAGCCAGUAGCCAAUUCAAAAAACAAUCUAGAAUGAAUGAAAUUGAUCAAACAAUAUCUAGUAAUAAAUCACAAUAUCUUAUUCAUGAUGAAAAUAAAACAACAACUGAGCAAUAUCAAAAACAUCCGACUUAUUGUGUUAGAAAUAAAAGAGAACAAGCAUAUUCUGGUCGUAAUUCAAGAUGUUAUCAACGUCAUUCUACGUAUUUAAGAGAUAAUACUUAUCAUGAAAUACCUGAAGACUUUGAAGAAACUGACAAAAUAAGUGAAAGUAACGAAGAACUUUCAAAAAUCAAAUACCAGGGUCGUCUACCAGUGACUAGUUCAUCAGGAGGUUAUUAUGAAGAUCAACAUGAUCAGUAUUUUGACAAAUCAGAUCAUCCUCAACUGGUGCGUAGAAAUAUUGAUGAACUUUAUAAUACUGAUGAAAUAAAAUACGUACCAUAUGGGAUUUCACAUGUAAAAGCAUUUUCUCAAAAGCCGUUAAUGUCGAGCAGAGAGUAUAGUAUUCAUUUGUCUCCAAGUAGUGAUAUGAGAAGAACUGAUGACAUUAUAACUGAUGAGCAUCAGAGUUCAGAAAACGUGACUCCUAAAUAUAACGUAGAUUUUGUCAAGGAUGAAAGUGAAACACCGUACUAUCAGUUACGUGAUAUGAAUCCUCCUGAAUUUUACAACCCAUCAUAUACGGAUACCAAAACAGCCGGACAGAAACGUCCUUUACAGCUUCCUCAUCAACAUUCAAUUCCAAUUUUCACAAAACACAGAGACAUUCGAGGUGAACCAUUAUGGGGAUUAAGAAAUAUGCCACAUUUAACACGAAGUCCUAGUGUCGAAUAUACUUCAAAGUAUUCUCCUUGUCAACAGUUGUUAAGGCGGCAACCAUAUGGUUAUGAAACUCCAUCAAUUACAAAUAGAUCUAAUCUUUAUCCGAAUCCCUGUAGUUCAAUAUUUUAUCCUAUCCCACCCCCAUCAUGUUCACACAUAUCAAAUCUCAAAGCUCAUAGAUCGUUUGACACUGAUGAAAGCUUAGAAAUAUUUCCAUAUGAAUUCACAUCCAACAUGCAUUUUCAGCCGGUGCCUCCACCGACAAAUUAUGACUGGGAGGCAAAGUAUGCUGAUAAGUUGUACAGUCACCAAAUAAAUGAAGAAUCAAUUAUUAAAAGUACAAAUAUAGGUAUUGAUCAACCUUCACAUUUUGCAUCCACUUCACAUUUUAAUGAUUUUAAAUUAAAGAAAUCUUCUAUGCAUUUUCUUACACCACAAUUAAAAAGACAUUGUAUACCGCAUACUAUUACAACACAAAUAAAAAGACCUAAAAGACAAAUUCAUGCAACUGUAAUAAAUUUUAAUAAUAAUCCUACUAUAUUUGAAUGUAAUACUACUACAACAAAUACAAUCACUACUACAAAUACUACUUGUACAAAUGUUAUUUACACAAGACCAUAUGAAUUAUCAUCAAAUAUUUCAUCUUUACCUUCUGCUGACUUUCAUGAUCUACAACAUAAACUAACUGAUUCUUCUUUUUCUUCCUCCUUAUUUCCUCAAUAUUACAAUUAUACACCAAAAACAGAUUAUCAUCCAAUACAAUAUGAUGAUGUAAUAAAUGAAAAAUCAACAUUGAAUCAACCAGAAAAUUCAUCAUCAUGUUCCAAUGAUGACGAUGAUGUGAUUUAAACAAACUAUUAUUAUUGCUAUGGUAUUCAGUAUCUGUUUUUAUAUGAUACAGUUACGUAAUAAUCAUAUGUAAUAUUUUUUUUUGGAAAAUAUUCAAUAAUACUACCUAACGAUAACUGUCAGUAAUGAAAUUUAAUUUAUGGUUUAUGAAUUCAAAUUAGCUUCCUAUUUUUCACUUAAUCACUAAGUGAUUUGUAAUAAUAUUUUUGUGUAUAAAACAAUCAAAUAACAAUUUCAUAAUUCAUAUUCAACAAAUAAACCAAUGAAUAAAUAAACUAAAUUUAUUUAUG